GUAUAAAAGCAAAGCAGGUGUACGUUACAGGUGACUCUCUCCGCUUUUCACUGGACUUUAGCUGCUCAUAUUAUUCAUUCCAUCUCAAACUGAGAACCUUACACGGGGGUGUUUCACAGCAUACAGCAUGUUGGCCAGCCUCGAACCGAUCCAUUACUUGCAGGAACUGCAUCCUCAGGAUCCAUCGGGUGGAGGAAUGGACCUGGAUGUGAUAGACGAGUAUCUGGAGGAACAGACCAGACAAAACAUGCAGACCCGGACAGAGGAGGAACGUCUCAUAGCAGAAAACAGCUGGUCGGGUCGAUUCGCGUACGAGUGGCAGUACGGAGGAACAGUGCUGACAGAAAACACAUGCUGUGAACAGCAGAGUCAACAACAGCAGGUGUGGAUGAAUCUACCCAGCUAUAAUGAGUGGGGAGGAGAGUGUCGGUCUGAUCCCCCUCCCUGCAGUGACACCGAUUCACACUCCUCCAGUUCGGGGUAUCAGGAGUUCCCUCCGUCUCCGCCCUCGCACUCACACACCACUUCUCUCUCGGCAGGGAAAAGGAAGGAGCGUCUGUUCCAGUUCCUGUAUGAGAUGCUGCAGACGCCGCACAUGCGCAGCUGCAUCUGGUGGGUUCAGUCGGCAAACGGUACAUUCCAGUUCUCAUCACAGAACAAAGAGAAGCUGGCUGAGAUGUGGGGCAAGCGCAAGGGCAACCGCAAAACCAUGACGUACCAGAAGAUGGCACGCGCUUUGCGUAACUACUCGCGCACCGGAGAGAUCUGCAAAGUGAAGCGCAAGCUCACGUAUCAGUUUAACGAGACAACGCUCAGGGGGCUGCAGAGCAACGUACAGAAAUUCACCCAAACCUAACUGUAGCAAUGACAGGAUGAAAAUACAAUCCCUUGCAAGUGGGAGAACAUCUGAAUAAAUACUGAGUAUUUGUAGUGAAUUUGAUACUCAUCAUAAUUUUUGCUCAAUUGUCCAUAUUGAUUCAAAUCUGCAGUUGGAUAGAAUGGAUUUUAUUUUAGAAAUGUUGUAAAAAUGAAGGAAAUGUAAAGUGAUUCAAAGGGAAAUUUGUUUCAGCGGAGCACUCUCAAAAAAAAAAAAAAAAGUGCAUUUCGAAAUCCAAACGUUAAAACAAUUCACAAUCUUAGCUACAUCAUCGGAACCGCAAAUAAGGAUGCAUUUACAUUGGACCUUAAAGAACUAAAAGUACCUAACUAAAAGUAGCUUUUUUUUCCUACAGUGUGUUUGUAAAUCUGAGGAUUGUCAUGUUGCUCUAAGCUACGUUCUAGUAGUACUACUGUACCUCUGUAUAGCAGUAUAGUAGUAAGUAGUGACUUAACAUUUCUAUUUUUGUAUUUCUCUUGAUCGAAUGUAAAUCUGCAAUAAAAAAAAAAAUAAAUCAUUUCA